CGGGCUGACCGUGAAGAGGAGGCUGCUUGUUGUUUGUUGUUUUGUUGAACCGUUGAAAAGCUUCGCUUGACUUUUACCAGAUAAUUUAAGAGGUCGAACCGAAGGGACGCGUUAGAAGCGAGCGGUUUACUCCCGGAACCUGAAAGUAUCCGCGGCUCGAGGUUAUAAUCUGCUCCGUGGAGGGAAAAGAGCCCGGCAACGGCAAACAUGAAAUGGAUGUUCAAAGAGGAUCACUCGUUGGAACAUCGGUGCAUAGAAUCCGCCAAGAUCCGCAGCAAGUACCCUGACAGGGUCCCGGUGAUCGUGGAGAAGGUGUCCGGGUCUCAGAUAGUCGACAUCGAUAAGAGGAAGUACCUGGUGCCCUCGGACAUCACAGUGGCUCAGUUCAUGUGGAUCAUCAGGAAACGCAUCCAGCUGCCAUCAGAGAAGGCCAUCUUCCUGUUUGUGGACAAGACGGUGCCUCAGUCCAGUAUCACGAUGGGGCAGCUGUACGAGAAGGAGAAGGACGAGGACGGCUUUUUAUACGUGGCGUACAGCGGCGAAAACACCUUUGGUUUUUAGCAAAAGACAUGAAGCCACAGCGUCCAAUCACAGUCCUCACCUGGCCCCUGAAAACAGCGAGGGAAACCCCAGAGAGAUUCAGACGGGAACACACCUGGAGGACAGAUCAGCUGACUGGAUAAACAAAGCAAAUGCACCUGUGUGUUUUUUAGUUUUUAUUCUGGCUCGUGUUGCACCAGAUGAAUCUGUCGCGUUACAUCCUCUGUUCGAUGUUUUAGUGUUUGAAUGUUUUAGAAGGAAUCUUGAUUUUAUUAUUUUUCUCUGUUUAAACCUUGAAAACCAAGUUUGUGUGAAUGAGAUUUUCUGCUUUCUUUCUAUAUUUAAAGGACUUUAAUUUAAUUAUUUGAAGGUAAGGUAGCUGGAUGACCGUACCAAUAAAAAGAUACAAAUAAAA